GCCUGCUGCUGCUGCUGCUGCUGAGGAUACACAGUCAGAGGAAUUAUGCCCUGCCCAGCGGUGGCUUUGCCUGUUUGAUGAGGUGACCUAUGCAUACCGAGUGGUUGUAAGUCCGGGGAUAUCCCCGUGUUUUUGUUUAGCAUGAGCAUGGAAGAUUAUGACUACCUGUUCAAAAUAGUUCUGAUAGGAAAUGCUGGAGUGGGGAAGACAUGUCUGGUCCGGCGCUUUACUCAGGGCCUUUUCCCUCCUGGACAAGGUGCGACCAUCGGAGUGGACUUCAUGAUUAAAACAGUGGAAAUCAAAGGGGAGAAGGUCAAGCUGCAGAUAUGGGACACAGCUGGACAGGAGAGAUUUCGCUCUAUUACUCAGAGUUAUUACCGCAGUGCCAACGCCCUCAUUCUUACGUAUGACAUUACCUGUGAGGACUCCUUCAGGUGCCUUCCAGAGUGGCUGAGGGAGAUCGAGCAGUAUGCCAACAACCAGGUGGUGACUAUAUUAGUCGGUAAUAAAAUCGAUCUGGCAGAGAAGAGGGAGGUUCUCAGACAGAGAGCCGAAGACUUCGCCGAGGCUCAGAGCAUGCUGUACCUGGAGACCUCAGCCAAAGAGUCCGACAACGUGGAGAAACUUUUCCUCGACCUGGCCUGCGAACUCAUCAGAGAGGCCAAGCAGAACAAGCUGGAUAACAAUGACACUGCCCCGAUGCCCGGUGAGGGUAAAACCAUCAGUUAUUUGACUUGCUGCAGCACCAAUUAAACAGAGUUCAGCCUUGUGGUAACUCAGUAGCCAUUGACUGAAGAGGGCAGAUGGCUGAGCCACUAUGCCUCCGUCCUUCAAAGAUGGCAGAAAGCCACUUUUAGUCCUUCAUUUCUAGAUCCAUGCCUUUUUUUAAAGCUGUAUAAGGGAGUUAGUCAACUUUACUUUUGAUCUCCAGGACAAGCAUUUUAAGAUUCUGUCAUCAUGGAGAAAUCUCUCCUUAAUUCAACAAGUAUGUUUGAAAAUUGUAUCCAGGAAUCAGAGUAGGGCUCCAUUUCAUCAUCUUCAUGGUGAAAUUGCUUUUUUAAUUUGUUUUCAUUAAAAACCAAUGUUCACCAGCAGUGUUAUGUGAGUAAAAGGUCAACCAGGUAUUUUGUUACAGAUUCCACAUCAGGUGUCAUGAUCAUUGGAGGUUAUCAGUAAAUGAUAACUAUGUUUACAUAAAGUAGGUUUUUGAGAAAAAAAUCUGAUCGGUUUGCAAAAAAGUUUUGCAAAUGAAUUCCUUAUUUCCUCAAAGUCUGUUCAUGCCACUUUCCAUCCACGCAGCGCACUACAGAGCAAAUUGCUCCCUCUUAGUCACUUUUUGAGUUUCCACAGCACGCAGCUCGAUCUCAAGAUGCAUUCUGGGUCUCAUUUCAGCAGAGACUGUGGCAAGUGCGCAGUCUGCACAGCGCAGAUUCAACCACCAGGGGUGGAAAAAGUACACAACUAUGGUACUCAAGUACAACUACUUUAGAUAAUACUUAAACAGAAGUAAAAGUAUUAGUCUAUAAAUCUACUCAAGUAAAAGUGAGUAAGAGAGUAAGUAUGUUUUUAAUUUAAAGUUUACUUUAAGUACUGAGUAGUUACUAAGGCUGAGCAAUCUGGGAAAAUGAUCUAAUUGCAAUUUUUUUUUCCAAUAUUGCAUUUCUGAUUUGAUGUGAUUCUUUUCCAAGCUCCUCAUGUUCAGUAUUUUUUCAACAAACAUAAGCAAUAAUAAUUUUACAUUAUAACCAACACAAUAUUAGAAAGAUUAAACAUAAUCUGUUCAGUCCUGAAGGCUGGGCAUAUAUGUUAGGAUGACAUAACCGGAUGCAUAAAUCAGUACAAAUUAGGGCUGUCAAGAUUAAUCACGUUACUCGUGAUUAAUUAAAGUCUACCAUUUUUAAUCGUGAUUAAACGCAUGUUUUAUUGUACCUUUCAACACACUUUGGUUAAGGCUGAAUCAGAGUCUCCCUGCAGCCUCAGUGGACAAGUCAGAAGUCAUCUGCACCUUUUUAUUGAGCUCUUAUUUCAUUUUCAAUCUAUAGUGAGGUCCUUUUUCCAUGGCUGAGUACAUGUUCAAAAUUUUGAUCCACUUCUAAAGUAGGUCUGUAUCCAAACAGGAAGUCAAUUACCCUUAAUUUAAGAAAGCAGAAAAAUCCAAACUGAUAAGAAAACAGUUUACAAUGCAAAAUAGCCUAAUUUUAUAAUUCAACAAAAAGGGUGUGAUUAAUCAUGACUAACUACAGAAAUUCUGAGAUUAAUCGUGAUUUUAAAAAUCUUUUAACAGCCCUAGUACAACAUAUUUUUAAGUAUCUUCACCUCAGUGGUAAAUUUACUGAUUUGCUUCACAUAAAGCCUUGUAGUGCUGAACAAUUAUGAGUAUUUUUAUGUCGUUCUCAUUUUUGAUAAAUAAAACAUGUACUAAAAUAAGAAAAGCAGGAUUUUUUUGCAAACUAUUCAAUAUUAAAUUGAUGCUUUAAUCUUUACCUGAUGUUUAGAGCGUAUCAUCUCUGCAAGAAAUGGUCCAAAACUUUUUUUUGACACAUUUCAAUUCAAAGAAAUUAAAACUUAAGCAAUUUGAAAAUUGCAGUAGGACAUAAUGCGAUUUAAUCUGAAUUUCCAUUUAUUGCCCAGCUUAAGUAGCUACUGAGGAGUUUUACAGUAAAAUAUGAUCUUUCCUUAUUGGCAAUAACAACAUGAGAAUAUUAAUUUCCAGCCAGGUUUUUCAGGUAAAGUCACGCCUUUAUGAUAAAGUAAAAUAACAGCUGUUCACUGAUGUGAUGUAGAACUAUUCUCUUACUAUAUCCUGCUGAGGUGGAAAGAGUACAAGGGUAUUUUACUCAAGUAAAAGUAGUCUGGUUAUAACUUGCUUAAGUAGAGGUAAAAGUACUGGUCUCAAAAUAUACUUAAGAUAGUACAAGUACCCCAAAAACACUACUCCAUUACAGUAGUUUGAGUUAAUGUAAUUAGUUACUUUCCACCCCUGCUACCCAUGCAGGAAGACAUGUCAGGGAAUGCACAGGACAUCUUGUCAAUUUCAAAAUAAAAUACUGUUGAUCAUUUAUCUGUUCACUAUAACAGUAUUAUGACAAAACAGCAAACAAAUAAACUGGAAACCAAGCCCCUUAAGGCAAAUCAACAUGUUUUUAUGUCUUUACUCCUGUAUGAUCUUGUGAUCACCCUGCUCUGAGCUGUGGUUUAGGGUGCCUGCUAUCAGAGCAAAGCGUGGCGUGGACACGGCCUUGUGGAAAUUGUGGGAUUGUCCAAAAUCUGUUGCACAAUCACUAGUUUCUCUUGUUCUGAUAAUUUCAGAUGUCCAAAAUAACUUUCAUAAACUCGUUUCUGUGUAGUUUUUUUGCACCUGUUAAUUCAAACUGUGAAUGAUUUGUUCCCAUUGGAAACAUUUUUCUUGCUGCUAAAAUAUGUUAAAUGUCAGAUAACGUUAACUGAAACAGAAGUGUGAACACUACAUUGAAACAGUAUUGUGUGACGCCAACAUUCCUGCGGUGUAAUUAGUUGGUUUAUUUAGUAUGAAGAAGCUGAAGAGGUAUCAGUAGAAAUGAUAAACGGUUUCAUCAGACGACUCCUUGUUUUUGACCGUCAGCUGUUUAUUUUCUAUCCAUAGACGUGAACCUUUCAGCCUUUGUUGUUACUGCUUAGCCAUGAAACUAUGUCACUUCUAAUUUGUCUGAAGAGGUAUGUCAUGUAGUUUCGUAUAUGACCUGUUUUUCAUAUACUCUUAUUGUGAAAGUUUUGAUUGUCCAGCAUGUUUUGAUUUAAUUUGUAGUGUCUAACUUUAUAAUUGCCAUAACUGUAAUGUACUGUGUUGCACAAUGCCAUUUACUGCACACUUAUUUUUAUUGUAACAUUUUAUCUUUUGUUGUACAGUCAUGUAGAAAUCCUGGCACUUUGCUUUGAUACAUUUACUUGCAGUAAUCUCUUUGUACAACUGACGAGCUCUUUGUUUUGCCUUUUACCUUAGAUUUAACAGAUGUGACUUAUUUUAAUUCUUUUUCAUGUUUUUGUCAACGCAAUAUGGGAAAUACAAAGGAAAUGAUAUUGGGAUAUGUGCUUCUUUUCCUUUAUGUGUACAAAAUAAUCCCUGAAAUGACUCUGUAUAACAUUAAA